UUUGUUCGUGGUCGCAACAGGGGGCUGGAUUGGCCAUGGGGUAAGGCUGAUCCACCCGGUGGCAGCCGUGGCCGUUUGGCUAAGGCGUUAGCAGCUCUACUAGUCCAGGCUACAGGCCGCGGAGGCCGCUGUCAGUCGGUCACAAGUUCAUAACAACCGAGGCCAGCGGAUCCUGGCCCCGCUGAAUCCUUCUCUCGUCUCACCCCAAGUACCGAAACGGUCAAUCUGCCGGUGAUCAUGAGCAUGAUCGUCGGUGUCUGGACCGGCUCUGGAUGUGGACGGUGCCUCGCUGCCUCAAGUCCGAACUUCGCAUGUGUUUUCUUUGCCUCAUGUACCUUUUUGCUCUUGUCACAUCUUUCCCAAUGCCCGACGACAGGCUGGCGACAUGGCGGUGGAGUUCUAUAAUGUCUUCGAGUUCGCGAUAGUGCGCGACCAGCUUAUCGCCAACACCGUGCUGGUGGCACUGAGUACAUUGGCAGUUGGGCUGCGAUUCUUGUCUCGGCGGAUUCGGGAGAGCAAGGUCUGGUGGGAUGAUGCCUGUAUCGUGGUGUCGAUGUUGCACACGUAUGGCAUGCUCGCAAUGCAGUAUCACUAUGCGCGGGUGGGUAUGCGCCACCACAUGACGGACCUUCCUGCCGAAAACACCAUUCUGAUUUUCAAGAUGCUUGUCGUCUACCAGAUCGUCUACUACAACGCCAUGGUCUUUGCCAAAUUUUCCUACCUCUUUUUCUACCUCCGAAUCUUCGUCACCCGCGGCUUUCGCAUGGCCGCCAGAGCUUGUAUGGGCUGCGCGGGUGCAUACUGGCUGGGAAGCACGCUCCAGGUCUUUCUAAUCUGCCACCCGUUUGCGAAAAACUGGAAUGCGACCCAACCCGGCCAUUGCGCUAGUAUGAAUGUGGCCUUUUCCACGAUUGGUGCCUUUAACCUUGUCACGGAUGUCCUGAUUAUGGCUCUGCCCGUACACCAUAUCUGGAAGCUCCAGAUGUCCACUGCUACUAAGAUGGCUCUGUACGGUAUCUUCGGGGUCGGCUUAUUCAUCUCUGCAAUUACCGUCAUUCGCAUCCACGUCCUCACUACCGUUGAUUUUAACGACCUCCCAUAUAGCAUGAUCUGGGCCGCAUUUUGGAGUGUGACCGAGCCCGCCCUGGCGAUCAGCAAUGCAUGUGUGCCCAUGAUGCGUCCAGUCUUCAAGGCCGCGUUCCCCGGGGUUUUCUCGUCGGCCAAGGCGGCAUACUCAUCCCAGACGGGGGCCCAGUCUGGUGCUUCCGGAUCGGCGUUCAAACGCAGGCGCGACACGGAGAGUGAGAUGCCAUUGACAUAUUUGGAGCCCACCAAGAGCGGUAGUCGGGGGGUGGACUAUGAGGUGUCGUUGACUGAGCGGUCGCAUGAUGGGGGAUCGACGCAUGUGCCGAAAAGUGUGAUUGGAGAUGCGGAGCAGUAGUCCGCGCGACAAGAAAGGGAGGGAAACAUAGACCUCGGUGUGUGGGCCUGCCCAAGGUAUCGAUAUUUCCCAGUCCUCUCUCUCACUGGGCCUUUGCGGAUUCACUCGCAGAAAUCGAUCUUCUCAUC